CACUUAUAACAACGGCUGUUAAAAUACAUGAAAAGUACCAUUUCAUAUUCCGAGUGAUCUUAAACGCACCAUAUGUGCUCCUGGUUGACUCGACACCGCAGUCAUGCAGCGAGAUAAAACAAAUAACUCUGGCGGGGCUGAAAAGCCUGACCGAGAGGCUGCCAUCAUGUCCAAAUACUACGAUGGAGUCGAAUUCCCUUUUUGCGACGAGUUCUCUAAAUAUGAAAAACUAGCAAAAAUAGGACAAGGGACAUUUGGGGAGGUGUUCAAAGCAAAACACAGACAGACUGGGAAGAAGGUCGCACUGAAGAAGGUUUUAAUGGAAAAUGAAAAGGAAGGGUUCCCAAUCACUGCUCUCAGAGAAAUAAAGAUCCUACAGCUGCUCAAGCACGAGAAUGUGGUGAAUCUGAUUGAGAUCUGCAGAACCAAAGCCACUCAGUAUAAUCGAUACAAAGGCAGCAUCUACCUGGUGUUUGACUUCUGUGAGCAUGACCUGGCCGGGCUGCUCAGCAACACAAAUGUGAAGUUCACCCUGGCGGAGAUCAAGAAGGUCAUGCAAAUGCUGCUCAAUGGCUUGUACUACAUUCACCGGAACAAGAUCCUUCACAGAGACAUGAAGGCAGCCAACGUGCUCAUCACCAGAGACGGCGUCCUUAAACUGGCUGACUUUGGUUUGGCGCGCGCUUUCAGCCUGGCCAAAAACAGCCAGGGAAACCGCUACACCAACCGUGUGGUCACACUGUGGUACAGACCUCCUGAGCUGCUGCUCGGUGAGCGAGACUACGGCCCUCCUAUCGACUUGUGGGGCGCAGGCUGCAUCAUGGCUGAAAUGUGGACAAGAAGUCCCAUCAUGCAAGGGAACACAGAGCAGCACCAGCUAACUCUCAUUAGCCAGCUUUGUGGCUCCAUCACUGCUGAGAUGUGGCCAGGGGUGGAUAAAAAGUAUGAGCUGUACCAGAAAAUGGAGUUGCCCAAAGGCCAAAAGAGGAAAGUGAAGGAUCGUCUCAAAGCUUACGUCAAAGACCACUACGCUCUGGACCUGAUCGACAAGCUGUUGGUCCUGGACCCCGCCCAGCGUACAGAUAGUGAUGACGCUCUCAACCAUGAUUUCUUCUGGUCUGAUCCGAUGCCAUCUGACCUGAAGAGCAUGUUGUCCACGCACAACACGUCCAUGUUUGAAUAUCUGGCCCCUCCCCGGCGGAGAGGUCACAUGCCCCAACAGCAGCCCAACCAGAACAGAAACCCCGCCACCACCAGUCAGACUGAGUUCGAUCGAGUCUUUUAAAGAAGAGAGACAUUUUGUAGAAAUGAGCACACCCUUGCUUUAUACCUCCUUGUGUUUUUAUAUUGAGAUCUAAUGCUUUGGUUGGGGACGAAAAGAUUCCAACUCGGACCUUGAACGUCAUAACUGAACUGUAGUCCAUCCCAUCCAUCCAUUUUCUAUACCGCUUCUCCUCUUUAGGGUCACGGGGGCAUGACUUUUUAAUGUUUGAUCUAAUUGUUGGGCAUUUCGCUUUUGUUUUUUUUUCUCCUUGCUUGUCUGUUUUAUAGACAUGCAAAUUCUGGGGUAAACUUGCUCCACAGUUUACACACCCCAAAAUCCCAAAAUAAGAAUGUUGUUCCAGUCUAGUUUGAAUAAAAGCACAACCCAAGCAACCAAAAUCCUGAAAUGUUUGAAUGUACCCUUGACUACAAAUAGCAUUUUUGGGAGUAUCUCAACUAAUCUUAUAAAUCACAUAUACACAUACAGUAGGUCUUAGCGCCCAUAAAAUUGACACGUCUCCUUCCCGCUGCCUCCUAACCCUCUUCCUCUGAUUUCAGAUCAUUUGUAAUAAAAUUGACUGAUAUAAUUACUAAAUAACAUUCAGCUCCAGAACCCUCCGUGUCUCUUCAAUUGCCAUUGUUUAUUUGCAGCUAAAUAUGCCUCACACACGCUUAUUAAAGACAUUUAAAGUAUUAAAUGUAUAGCUACUCACCACUAAUGAAUGAUAAGGUAAGAUGAUCUAUGAACACAUGGCGUCAUGGCAUCGUCUGUAGCCUGGUCUUCAGGCUAGUGCUUGAGCAGGCGGUGUCCAAAGUGAAGCCAUUUGUAGCCUGCAGCUGUUUUUUUUAUUGGACCGUAGCACAUUCUAAAAAUGUAAUUUCACAAGAAAUACAGAGUAUGGUAAAUGGAAAACUCAGCAGUAAUUUUACAAAGAUGAAGUCAAAUCAAGAGAAAAAAGUUGUAAUCUAAUGACAAGAAGUCGUAAUUUUACAACAAUAAUGUAAUGAGGAAAAAUAAUUUUAGUAUAAAGUUGAAAUAUUUUUUUCCAAGUCGUAAUAUUAUAAAAAGGAGUUAGACUAAACAUUUUUUGAGUAUUUAUUGCAAACAACCAUUAAAGUGAAGUAGGCUGUUUAGCAGAUCAAAAGGUCAAGACCUUCACAGAGGACAUCCACUGUCCGUUUUUGUAAACCUCCCUUGCCAUCCGUCUCCAAGAUUUCUCAAUUGGAUUUAGAUCAGCAGAACACACAGGAUGGUCCAAAAAAGUGAGUUUAUUCCUCUGGAAGAAGUCCUUUGCAACGUUGUCUUGUUGAAAAUGCCAUUACCACACAGACGGGGGCCUUCAGUCAUGAGGGAUGCCCCCUUCAACAGCUCCACUUAGCCAUCUGCCGUUUGACAGCCCUGCACAACCUGAAGCUCCAUUAUUCCAUUGAAGGAAAAGGCACCCCAGAUCAUUAUGGCGCUCCUUCCACUGUGCCGUGAGGAAAACAUCUCAGGCAGGAUCUCCUUCUCAUCCCAUUAACAUUGGAAGCCAUCAGGACCUUCAAAUUACAUUUUUUUCUUUUCAGAGAAUGUGGCUUUGAAGGAGAUGAGGCCUUUUUUCUUCUUAAAACCUUUCUCUCGCAGAAGCCCUCUGAUGGUUAUUGGACUGCACUCUGCAUCAUCCCUCCACCCAGUCACUGUUGUGUCCCUGGGCAAGACUUCGCUCACCUUACCUUGUGCUUUGGAAAACACUAUAUAAAAUCGAAUCCAUUAAUGAUCAUUUAAUAACCAUAUAUGAAAUCAAGUGAAGCAGGGAAAUUCAAACCGUGAUGUGGUGAGGGACGAUUGUAUAAUUUUUUAAAUGUUUGCCAUGGUUUUCAUACAAGAAUGAAUUUUCUUUAACAGGUUUUUAUGAUGCGAAUAAGUACAAGAAAUGCUAAUGAGAGUACAUGCAGUACACUGCCUGCAACAAUUUCCCAUCUCAGUGUUUUAUUUGGAGAUGUGGUACUUGCAGAGCACAUGUACUACUUGUACAGAAUAUGGAACAAAACAAGAAGAAGAAAGUUGAAUUUUAUUGGAAACAAAGCAGUGACAUUGCAUUUUGAACACAUGUAUAUUAGGAAGUAUCCAUGGUUUGUACACUUUCCUCCAUCACAUCCAAGGUCAAUGGGGUCACCUGCUUGGUCAACACACCUGUGGUUCCUCGUUUGUACGUGUAGUUCCCACUUCUAUUCACACACAAGACAUGUAGCUGUGUUAGCAUCACAGCACAACAUUCAUCAUGCCAAGUUCUAAAGCAAAUAUG